AUGGCUCACAGUGGGGCCAAACGAACGUCGAGGAGCGGUACUAGCACCCCUCUAAGAACUCCGACACGGCGGCGACUGGAGCUGCACAAUGCUGCAGUAGAUGAAGCAUUUGAAGAGGAGGAUGGAGAAGGACAGAGGGAGCCUCAUUUUGAGCGGACACCGAAAACCUCUAGACAAUCGGUGAGCGCAUCAUUAGGCGAUGGCUUGGGCAGUGGUGGUACAAAUCAUGGAUCUACCAGUAGUGGGGUUCAGCACCCCGAGGGGGCACUAGCGAUGAGUGACGCCGGGGAGCGGCCGGUGGUUUCACCACAGGUAGCCAAAGCUGCAAGUGCUCGGUCUGUAGAGGGCAUUAUUGAUUACUCGCCGUCACUCUGCAGUGAGCAAUUGGAGGUUCAUGGGUUUUCUCACCUUCGUGAGUCCAUCUCUUUUGGACUACCUCAAACUCGUGGGAGUGUGCCGGACGUGCGAAGUUCUUGCGGGGUAUUGGAAGUGGGAACCACUCUGGUUCCCCAUUCGACUUCACGUAGUAGCGCUCUUUCAUCACAUACAUCUAGUAAGCAGUCUCACUUCCACACGCGGCAAUCAUCUGACGGAAGGCGCCCCAAGCACGGGGGAAGCCGCAGUGAUCUUAGUUUUCUGAGCACACGCAGUGCCAUUGCGUACCUUAAGAGCACUGCACCCGCAGCGGGGGUGGGCUCCCCCAAAACGAGCGGGCGUUCAAGCCAGGCAACGCCGUCAUCCAAUUCGUUCUCGAGGUCCACGCUGGGGCCCCUCGAACUCUCGCCCAUACCGAAGGAAAAUAGCAACCCGCAUGGCAGACGUCGCAAUGGCUACCUCCGCUCUAGGCACCAGCCACCACCAAGCUGGCCACCCGUUGACGUACCGGUGGCCGUGGCAAAUUGUAGCUCUUCUACUGUAUCCGUCACUGAAGUAGGGAGAAUAGACUCUGAGAUGCGCAGGGAAUUUCGACUCUUUCUCGCAUAUUGCAUCCGCAUUGUUAUCAUGUUCAUAGUAACGUGUAGUGCUGCUUCGUUCGCCUUGUUUCUUGCAGCCCCAUUGGUGGUCCAGCGAAGCGGAAGCGAUGGAUUGUUUGUGCGGCAAUAUGUGGAGUCAGUUGCGGAACUUCAACUGAUUUACGGUGCACCGUCCUCCUCCCUAACGUCGUCGGAGGCAAAACAAUUAUAUCUCCGAAUGGUUAGCGAGUCGCUCGAGCGACUCGACCAAGCCACAUUGAAUGCAAGACCGAAGCCCAGUGAGGGACCCAAGGUGCACGAGCAGUACUACAGCAGAAUGACUCGCGCGUACCAGGCAGUGAGGUACCGCGUAGCGCUGUAUGCGCGCAGUCGCCAUCGAAGCUGGUUCUACCGUAAUGUGCUGUAUCCUUUGCAUGAUGUGUGGAAAUACGGCGUCGUGCGACAUGGCGCUCAAGUGACUCGGGAGGAUUGCCAGGAGAUACUUUUGUAUUCGUUGUGGGUACGCAUUGUGGACGUUGCUGCUUGCUUGCGCCAGGAUGAGAACAUGCCGUGUCCAACACUGAAUUUCCUCAAAGGGGAGGUGCGUGGUAGCACAGGGCCAGGAGGCCCUGUGCUACCAGUUGCGAGCGGGUAUCCUUCUGAAGGGAAUGGGGUCCAGGGGGAAGUUUCCUCUAAAGCUCUUUUUGCAUUCGUGGCGAAGAAUUUCCGUCACAACAACCGAGAGUAUAACCACCUGUAUUUUGAGGGGGGUAUGGGGAGUGUGUUCUUCUGA